GGAUGGGGUGGAAAGGGUGUUGGGUGGAGUUUGAUUUCCAUGGUGAACUACAUCCAGCUAGCAAUGAAAUGCCAGAGCAUGAUAGAUUCAUCUACUAAUUACAGCGAUUUAUACAAUACCCUACCAGUGGACAGACCUACUCUUCGCACCUUUCUGUUCUGGAUUGCCACCGGUUUCAAGUUCAUGCACUUGGCAGCAGGGGGGUCAUUCUAUUUACUAAUUCUAGUGGCCGCCAAAGACCUGCGAUGGACUGUAACUAGAAUGCAAGCCAAUGUGCCCUGGGAAAUCGCCAAGAUGUUGAGAAGGCCGAAUUCCUGCGAAAGCGAUUUACAGCUUCUCAUAGAAAGGAGAAUUAUACCGAUGAUAUCUCGUCUGCGUAAAGUGCUACCUUUGAGCAUAGCUGGUGCAUUUGUAGCCCUGGACCGGGAGGUGGACUGGACAUGCAUUAGGGACACUGACUGCCUUUUUGAUGGGGUGAAUACUAAUAAUUACCAGCUCCCUUCUCAUCGCAAAUCAGCGUGGAGAAGUUGUCUAGACCCUUGCUGGGACGAUACAUUGAGCCUGGGGUGCAUCACCAGGUCAUUUGGAGAUGUAGGCGCAGCAAGACUACCACACUUACCCAAAUUCUUCGAUGACUCUACCUCCAUCAAGACCUUCCCAAGGUUGAUUUCCAUAGAGACAGCCUUUAACCGUAACGCUCCAGAGAACCGACGCAAUCCGGUUAACGGCGACAAAGUGCAGAACUUGCUGUGGACUAUCAAGCAGCGAAAGAUCGUUGAGGAGAGUGCAGUAACAAUCACAGAUACAGAAGAUUUAAAGGCAAAGCUAUCCACGUUCUACCCCUCUGGAAUCAAACAACUGGACGCCUACAUCAGGAUUCCAAUGUCUAUCCUUCCGGGAGCAUUGGAAAUUUGCAACUUGGAUGGGAGCCUCAUGGCGUUCAUCUGCAAUUUCAUGCCUCCUUCAAUGCGAGAUACGCUUUUCCCAUUACUGAAAUCUGCUUUUGAUUGCCUAGAGGUGUUCAUGAAUCGCACCGUGUUGUCUAUAUCUCAAGAGACCCAGGAUCCUGAGGCUGUAUUACAAUCCAAAGCAAACGAACCAUUUCGCUGCAUUCACUUUAGCCAUUGGAAUAGAUAUGGUCUUUCAGGCAACACGGCACCUGCUGACGCACACCCUCAUGAUUUGGUGGCUACAUCAGGCAGAACUAACCUCACGCAAACGCUGCCUUACAUGUCAUGCGAAACUUUCGAAUACGAGCAACUGUAUCUCAACAUCCAGAAUAACCUAAGGGAGGUUUUUGAGUGGAUAGAGCAGACAGUUGCUCAUUAUCUUCCAGACGACUAUACUGCUCUCGCUGAGCUUGUUAAUAUUCUUCCCAACGCUGGUGGAUCACCGAUAAAACCUUUCUUGUCUCUGGUAGUGAACAUCAACGUCUGCACAAUAGGUCAU